CAUAUUUUUCUCUCAGCAGUGUGUGUACUUUUUUCUUGUUUCGUUUUUCUUCUGCGCUGUCGUCGUGUGUUUCGUGCGAAAAAGUUGCUUGUGAAAAGCAAAAUUUUCUUUCCCAAAAUAAUCCACACAAAUUCCUUAAAUUCAAUUAAAAAUAUUAACCCAAAAAGAAACAAGAAUAAAAACCCCUUUAAUCAUUGGGACAAGUUCUAUCUCAAUGGCAUUUUGCAAAAAUGCCACAGAAAUGAAAAAAUAAAAAAUUUUCUUUCAGAAGAAAAGAAAAAAAAAAAAAAAAAAAAAUACAUCAUCUAACGUGUAUGUGCGCUGUGUCGUCAACGUCGUCGCUGUCGUCGUCGUUGUUGUUGGUCGUUUCGUUUUUUUUUUUGUCUAUUUGUAUGUGCAAGUGUCAUGUCGUAGUGAAAAAUAUUUUUGAUUUUAUUUUAUUUUUUUCUUGAUGAAAAAUUAAAAUAGAAGAAAAUUUAUGCCAAAAAAAGAAAAUAUUUUCCGUGUGUAAUGUGCAACCAAGCGAACGAGAAGACGAAUUUUCCAUUUUAAUUGUUCAGGCAUAACAAAAAAACACAUAAAAAGCCAACAAAUUUCCAAUAAGCAAAAAAGCAAAAAAAAAAAGCGAGGGCGGAGGUGGAAAAACAUACGUAACACACAAAGGAACUCCAUCCUCCUCACCAAAACAACGACAACGAAGAAAAAGAAGAGGAAAACACAAUUUGUGUCCUUGUGCUCCUGCGGCAUAUUAUUAGAUUCAUAUAUCACUCAAAAGCAGCUUAUUCUAUCAAAAUGGACAACGACGGCGGCAUGAGUCGCGGUCCUCAGCCUGGCGCUGAGAUUGUCUAUGGCACAGAGGAUAAUAAUAUGGUCAUGUCGGAGAAGAAUGAACAGGUUGUGAGCAUCGUACAACAAUUAGCCAGUAGUAUCUAUCAGGAAUUCGAGCGUAUGAUCAAUCGUUACGACGAGGAUGUCGUAAAGAAUUUAAUGCCACUUUUGGUAAAUGUCUUAGAGUGCUUAGAUGCAUCGUACAGAAUUAAUCAGGAGCAAGAUGUCGAGGUGGAAUUACUUCGAGAAGAUAAUGAACAGCUAGUCACACAAUAUGAAAGGGAGAAGAGUGCACGAAAACAAUCAGAGCAAAAGCUCUUGGAAGCCGAAGAUUUGGCAGAAGCAGAAAAUAAAGAAUUAGCAAGUAGAUUAGAGUCAUUAGAAAGUAUUGUAAGAAUGUUAGAGUUGAAGCACAAGAAUAGUUUGGAACAUUCUAGUCGAUUGGAAGAACGAGAAGCUGAUCUUAAAAAAGAAUACAAUAAAUUACAUGAACGUUAUACGGAGCUUUUCAAAACACAUGUAGAUUACAUGGAACGUACAAAAAUGUUGAUGGGAUCAACUCAUUCACAGAUGAGCUCAGCUUCCGAUAGGCAAGAAGUCAGUAGAGCAAGGCUUAAUCCAAUUGUUAGAUCCUCUGGACCCGUAUCAUACGGUUUUGCUUCAUUGGAGAAUUCAACAAUGUUGGAUACGGAAACAAUCUGCAGUGUUGGAAGUAAUUCCGAUGAUUCUGGCCCACCAUCACUUCAAAAUGAAUUGGAAAGCAUUCAUACUAUGGAACGUUCCGCCGAAACAGACACCCUUCAUCACAUCAAUCAAGCCACAUCGCCUCAAAGUGAUGAAUGUCCAAUUGUGCCAAAUAUUCCAUCUAAUGUUGGUCGAACUACAACCAAAAAGGAACAACGCUCUGCAAACACACUCUACCAAGAGUUAUCAUUUCAGGAUAAUGAAGAGAGCGAAGAGCAUGAAGUUACAGGCAGCUGGGUGCAUCCUGGGGAAUACGCUUCUUCAGCUAAUGAUAAUUAUUUCGGAAUGGGAAAAGAAGUCGAAAAUCUCAUCAUGGAAAAUAAUGAACUUCUGGCAACCAAAAAUGCUCUUAACAUCGUUAAAGACGAUUUAAUUGUUAAAGUCGAUGAACUCACAGGCGAAAUUGAAAUCCUUCGAGAAGAGUUGAAUGCGAUGUCGCAAUCGCGCAACAAACUACGACAGAAAGUAGGCGAGCUAGAGGACGAGCUUAAGAAAACCAAAGAACAAGUCAAACAACAGAAUGACACAGAACAAGAAGAAAGCGAUGUUCCGAUGGCUCAGCGUAAACGUUUCACUCGAGUCGAGAUGGCUAUGGUGCUUAUGGAGAGAAAUCAAUACAAAGAACGUUUGAUGGAACUUCAAGAAGCGGUGCGUUUAACCGAAAUCCUCCGUGCUACCAAAACCAUAGAAAAACCCAAACAAGGCAUUUGGAAGUAUUUUAAUAAUCUCUUCACCUCAUCAAACCGACCCCAAGGUUCGGACCCCGGGCAGGGAGGGGGGCCCAUGUUUCGCUACAACAGCCCCUCUCACAGCCACGGAUCUCCAAGUAGAAGUAGCGAGCAUCGCCUUGCCAUAACAUCAGGCAAUCAUCCACCUGCUAGUGCCGGACUAGCCAAUGCCCUCAUUUUAGCAAAGGAUUUUAGUGAAGAGGGAACAUCAGAGCGUGCAAAUGCACGUCGAAAAGAACAAUAUCGGCAGCUGAGGGCACAUGUCCAAAAAGAAGAUGGCAGAUUACAUGCGUACGGAUGGAGUUUGCCAAUAAAUAAAUCAAGUCAAGAACAUCACAAUCGGCACUCGGGUGGAGUACCAGUUCCCGUAUAUUGUAACCCUUUGGCUGAAGCCAGUCCGCACAUGAAGGUAUUCUGUGCAGCUGGAGUUAACCUCAAUGGAGGUUUCAAUAGGGAUGGUGGUUCUGUGAUAGGAGCGACUAUUUUCUAUUCAAGGCCGACAGCGAAAAUAACCGAGAUCACAAGUCCAACAGUGGAGCACAGUGGUCUGGAGUCAUUGGAACGCCAGCUCAAUAUGUCUCUAGAAGGAGAAGAUCCGGAAAUUCAGCUUAGCUCGUAUGUGUGGGUCUGUACAAGCACACAUGCCGCCAGCACAGUAACGGUUGUGGAUGCUAAUGAGCCAGCGAACGUGCUGGACGCGUUCCCCAUUUGUCAAUCACAUUUAUUGUGUAUCGCAUCGGUGCCAGGUGCCAUGGAAAAAGAUUAUGCAUUGCUAGAGAAUUCAGAAGUUAUUAAAGCUGGUGAGACACUAGAGAAGCCAGGUGAAGGACCAGAAAUGCUGGGAAAUGUAGAAUUCAUUAGAGUCCGGCCGAAACCGGAUCAAAACCGUAAUACAGAAACCAAAGAAGGUGAAGAAGCUGAUGUAAACGCCGCCGCCACCAAUGGAAGCGUUGAAGUAGAGGAAAAAGCCAAAGAGGCUGUAGAAAAAUCGAAUUCAAACGAAAGCGAAGAAGCUGUGGCAGUAGAAGAGGCAAAAAUACCACCCUCAUCACCUUUGCAUCACUUUGUGAUCGGAGGUGAUGUCGCCACCACGAACGGUGUCGCAGAAACGACUUCGAAUAAUAACAAUUCAAGUUCUCAGUUAGCAUUUUCAAGGCCAGUCAAUCCAAUUUUAGGUACUCAUGAUCGUCAGAAUGAGCCUCCAAUGACAUCUGUCGGUCCGACAAUGUGGCUGGGCGCCCAGGACGGUAUGCUCUAUGUGCACAGUAGCGUGGGUAGAUGGCAUGAGUGUCUGCACAAAGUGCUUCUUCCCGAUGCUGUUCUGGGCAUAGUGCACGUUGAAUCUCGGGUGGUAGUUGCCCUGGCGAAUGGACAGCUGGCUGUUUUUCGUCGACAGACCGAUGGUCAGUGGGAUUUAAAUAGCUACCACCUGGUUACGCUGGGUGACCAGCAUCAGUCGAUUCGGUGCUUGUGUGUAGUGGCAGAUAAGAUUUGGGCUGCACACCGCAAUAAGAUUCAUAUUGUAGAUCCUAUUUCGCUAAAUGUUAUUCAUACAUUGGAGGCUCAUCCGAGAAAAGAAAGUCAGGUGCGGCAGAUGGCUGCCACAGGACUAGGAGUUUGGGUUUCAAUUAGAUUGGACUCCACACUGCGGCUAUAUCAUGCCCAUACAUUCGAACACAUUCAGGAUGUAGAUAUUGAACCGUAUGUAUCGAAAAUGCUCGGUACAGGAAAAUUGGGCUUCUCAUUUGUAAGAAUUACUGCGCUUAUGGUCUCGUGCAAUCGUCUUUGGAUUGGUACUAGCAAUGGAGUGAUUAUAUCGGUACCGCUCACCGAAGGACCAUUAAAGCCAUCUUCAGCGUCCAAUGGAAUGAUCCCACGAUGUGGUAUGGCCAAUGCUCAAUUAUCCUUCCAUGGCCAUCGGGAUGCAGUGAAAUUUUUCGUUUCGGUGCCGAUGUCACAAGAGCCGGGUAAUCAAUUGCAACAAUUUACAAAUAAACGGCCCGAUAUGCUAGUCAUGUGCGGUGGAGAGGGAUAUAUUGAUUUUAGACAAGAAAAGCAUGCAGAUGAUGCAAGCGACAAUGCGGCACAUUUGAUAGUUUGGCGAGUCUAUACGUGACAAUGACAUGGAAAGCAGUAUUCACUUGGAACCCAAUCAGACCAUUGAGAAUCGGGGUGACAAAAGCUACUUGAUUGUGUGGCACGUAAGUCAACGUUAGAUACAACAUUUUCUACACAACCCUGCCACACUUUUCCCAUUUUGACAAAAAAUAAAAGAGGACGACCCUUUUUAAUUAAACAUCAGAUUUUAUUAUUAACUAUUUAAUAACAACACAAGAAAAAAAAAACAUGCAAACUGAGUAAUUAAGUUUACAGUGACAAAAAAAAAAAAAAAACAAAAGAUCUUAUAGCAACUAUAAAAUACAAAAUAGUUGUGUGAAAAUUGCUUUAAAAUAUUUAUUUAAGAAAAUAAUGCUGAUAAAUAUAAAUAUUCGCAAUAAUAAUAAAAAAAAAUAAUAAUGCAAACAAAAAAUUAAAUAAUAAAAAAAAAACACAAUAAGAAUAUAUUAUAUUCAUAUUAUAUAAUCUUUAUUUAACCCCCCCAAAAAAUAUGACUAUUUUGUAAAAUAUUUUCCCCAAUUAUUUUCUUAAUUUAUAAUUUGUAAUCUUUAUAUUUUUUUAAACAAACAAAAAUGAGUU